AAAAAUGACUAGUGGGAUUACCUAUACUAGUAAAUAUAUGGGCAUCAUUGAGGGAUCCAUCGGUAUUUUAUCUAAGAAGGUCAGAAUCAUUAAAGAUGAUUACAGCCUUCUUCCAGAGGAUAAAGAAUCAGCUUAUGUUGAAAAAGAGGAACCCUCUAUGGUGGAAAAGGACCAAUCAGAAAAAGAGAAUAUUAUGCUAAAAUAAACUGUCUAAGCCAAAAUAUCACAGCAAGAUGAACAACGGUCCAAAAUUGAUCUCCAUCGAUCGUCCUUUGCUAAAUAGGUCAACUAAUAGCGUGGAGAGGCGAAGCCUCACCAAGCUAGAAGAGAAGCCUAAGCCAGCAAAUCCUGAUCAGAAAGAGCCCAAGACUGGGAAUAAUGCUGUUAUAAACCAGGACAUUAUAUUACCUAAAAGAGUUGCAAAAGCAGCUGUUGAGUAUAAGAUUCCAAACACUCUGAGGAAGUUUAACAGGUCUAAUAAUAGGUCUAAAAGGAGCAAUGGUGACUCUGAUGUAAUUCCAUCUAUCAAGUCUAAGAGUAGUAUUAAGAAACUUCCGAAGCUAGCAAACCUGAGUGGGGAGAAUAGCAAUUCGUACCAGGAAUUUUCAACUAAUGUCAGCAACUUAAAGAAAGAGCCUAAGAGAAUUCUUAAUUUCGAAACGGGCAAGAAUGAGAUCUAUAUCAAUGAGUAUUAUGACUACAAUGAACAAAAUAUGACGCCUGAUGAAAGUCCACUGAUGGGUGGGACUGAAAUGAACACAGGGAUCCCUGCACCAGAGAAGUAUAAUCAAUAUAUUAUCAACAAGUAUUCCUUCCCAAAGAGUUUCAUAUGUGGCCAGAAGGUUAAAAAUGAACAUAGCAAAAAGGAUGAUACCAAAAUACUAGUAAAUCCUCCUCAUAAGCGGAAAGGCGUGAUGGGCUGGAAGCUUAGUAAGGGAAAUCCCAUUGGAAAACAGAUCAAACAGAAAUCUAAGCAGUUUAAAAGGAGAAGCAACAGCAAUAACUCUCAGUCGAAGAUGAGUGUAGCACAGUAUAUGAGCGAGGCAAGCAAGGUUUAUAACUCUGGAGCUAAGGAUAAUGCCUAUUUGAAGUAUAACAAAGAGUAUAUCGAGCGAAAUAAGACAGUUGAGUAUGAUGACUCUCCUGAUAUCCUCCUCAAUAAUGAUCGAAUUUACCAAAUGAGUAGGGGCAAUAAUGGGGUCCCGGUAGAGUCCAGAAAUAUAGAACUCCCCAUACCCAGGAGGGGUAACAAAGGUAUCAAUCUGGGCAUUGCCAGCAAAUUCCCAACUAUGUAUAAUGAUUCACACCACAGAAGUUAUGAUUCCAAGGAUUAUUCGAAGAAGGUAACCAAGAGAAAAAGAAUAGUUAGACGAAGAAAUAUGCAUGAAAAGUUAGAAUCUUUGAUAGAAAGCCCUAACAAACUCAUACCGGAGGUGGUGAACGGAAGACUUGUGUACGCACAAGAAUUGUCUCAUCAGCCGAGUGAGACUUUUUCGAAAAAUUCAGAGUUAAGAGAGAAAAAUAAAAAUGAGCCUUUACAGAGCAUAUAUAAUUCUCAUAUCUUAGAGCACAAAGAUUUAAAGUCCAAAUGUAGUAGUUUCUCUCAAAGAACCCACUCUCGUCACCCAAGCCAAUCCAAUCUUCAACUCAAGUGUUCUUCUAGGCGAGAUAGAAUAACCCAAAAUUCUUCACUACUAAAUCCUCCAUUUUCAACACCCUAAAAUAA